AUUGCUGGUUGGAGCUCCUCGGGAAAAGGCCUUUCCAGCCCAGCAAGCCAACAGGACGGGAGGGUUGUACAGCUGUGACAUCGCAUCUCCAAACUCGCGCUGCACGCGUGUCGUGUUUGAUGAGGAGACCGACCCAAAGACAGAGAGUAAAGAAGACCAGUGGAUGGGUGUAACUGUCCAGAGUCAGGGGCCAGGAGGAAACGUGGUGACAUGUGCGCAUCGCUAUGAAAAAAGGCAGUACGUAAACACGGUGCAGGAGACCCGGGAUAUCAUUGGAAGGUGCUAUGUGCUGAGCCAGGAUCUCACUAUUAAGGAUGAUAUGGAUAAUGGAGUAUGGAGUUUCUGUGAUGGUCGUUUAAGAGGUCAUGAGAAGUUUGGUUCCUGUCAGCAAGGUGUUGCUGCUACUUUCACUAGAGACUAUCAUUAUAUUGUGUUUGGUGCCCCAGGCACUUACAAUUGGAAAGGGGUGGUUCGUGCAGAACAAAAGAAUCAGACAUUUUAUGAUCUGGGUAUCUUUGAUGAUGGGCCUUAUGAAGUUGGUGAUGAGAGCCGCCAAGAUAAGAAUCUAGUUCCUGUUCCUGCUAACAGUUACUUAGGUUUCUCUUUGGACUCUGGUAAAGGAAUUGUCUCCCAAGAUGAGAUGACUUUUGUGUCUGGCGCCCCACGAGCCAACCACAGCGGAGCAGUUGUUCUAUUGAAAAAAGAGAAAAACCAGAGGGCACUUUCCCUGGAGCACAUGUUUGAAGGAGAGGGGCUGGCCUCUUCUUUUGGCUACGAUGUCGCUGUGGUGGAUCUCAACAAUGACGG